UUUGUUUUACCGUCGACGCAUCUCGAGCCUCUCGGGGGCCGCUGCUGGUUCCCUGAGCCGGAGAUUGGAGACCUUUGAGUCGGCUGAAACUCAUUUCCUGAUUGGCCGACUGGAAGGUGCGUGGUGUGACGGAUCACCCAGUUGAAGAGAGUUGCUUGUCUCUGCGAAGUGUCCGUCUGUCUUUUGACAGCUACAUACCCUUUUAGAAGUUGUGGGUCCACGUGAAAAAAUCAAUCAUGGAAUUAUUGGUUCGGUAUCUGGACCGGAGCAAUUCAAUUAGUUCUGCGUCCACUCAAGAUGGUAUCAAAGAGGAGAACCUGAGAGAUGACCUGAAGUAUUACUUCAUGAGCCCGUGUGAGAAGUACCGGGCCCGACGACACAUACCCUGGAAACUUGUGGUGCAGAUUCUUAAAAUUGUUAUGAUCACAACACAGCUCAUCCUGUUCGGCCUCAGCAACCAGCUGGUGGUGUCCUAUAAGGAGGAGAACACAAUGGCGCUCAAAAACCUUUUCCUGAAGGACUACAGCGGUGUGGACGAGGACGAUUACAGUGUUGCUGUUUACACCCAACAAAGUGUCUACGACAGUCUGUUUUAUGUCCUGGAUCAGUACAGCCAGUUGGGCCGGCUCUCUGUGGGUCCCAUCAGUUACGGUGAGGAUGAGGACGGUCAUCUGCUGCCUCUCAUCAUCUGUAAAGAAUAUUACAAGAGGGGCAGCGUGGAGCCCUCAGAUGAGGCGUAUGAUAUAGAUGCCCAGCUGGAGACAGUUUGUAUGUCACAUGAUCCAAAGACUGCAAACCAAUGGAAAACCCAUAAUUCAUCCUUUUUUGAUCUGGACUUUUACAGGCUUGUUGACAUGAAAAUAACCUUCCAGCUGAAAGGCAUCAACCUGCAGACGGUGCGUUCACGGGAGUUACCUGACUGCUACUUGUUCUUCAUUACGAUAACAUUUGACAACCAGUGUCACAGUGGAAAGGUGAAAAUAUUCCUGGACAUAGACAGUCAGAGCUGUGCAUGUCAGGACUGGAAGAUAUCUGGGACAGCUCAGAAGAACACACACUAUCUGCUGGUGUUUGACGGCUUCGUCAUCCUUGUUUGCCUCACAUCGGCUGUGCUGUGCACCCGUUCCAUCGUACUGGCUGUCAGGUUACUUCAGAGAUUCUCCAGAUUCUUCCAUGAGAACUACAAUCGUAAAGUGUGUGAGGAUGACCAGAAGGAGUUUCUGAACGGCUGGUAUGUGCUGGUCAUUGUCAGCGACCUCUUGGCCAUUAUUGGAUCAAUACUGAAGAUGGAAAUACAGGCAAAGAGUCUGACCAGUUAUGACGUGUGCAGUAUCUUUCUGGGAACAGCCACUUUAAUUGUGUGGGUCAGCGUGAUCAGGUACCUGGGAUACUUCCAGAAAUACAAUGUUUUGAUUUUAACCAUGAAAGCAGCCUUCCCCAAGGUCCUGCGUUUUUGCUGCUGUGCCGGCAUGAUCUACCUCGGCUACACCUUCUGCGGGUGGAUUGUACUGGGACCAUACCAUGAGAAGUUUGAGGGCCUGAGUCGUGUAGCGGAGUGCCUGUUCUCCCUGCUGAACGGCGACGACAUGUUCACCACCUUCGCCCAGCUGAAGGACAAAAACACUUUGGUGUGGCUCUUCAGCCGGGCCUACCUCUACUCCUUCAUCUCCUUGUUCAUCUACAUGGUGCUGUCGCUCUUCAUCGCACUCAUCACCGACUCCUAUGAGACCAUCAAGAGGUUCCAAAAGGAUGGAUUCCCGCCGACGGACCUGCAGAAGUUCCUCAGAGAACAGAAAGAUUUUCCUGUUUUAGAGGAGAGCAGUCAGACAGAUGGUCACAUCAGAUACUCUGUGUUGUGCUGCUGCCAACGAGUUCCAGCAAGUGACGAUGUUGUACUGAUCAGCUGAUAGCUGUUCCACCUACAGAGGGAAGCGGAUCAGGGAAGAGGAGGAUGCUGAAAACAUGACCUCACACAUCUGAUACAGACUUCAGGAUCAAACCAUCUACUGCAAAAUCCUCAAAAGAGCAGAGUUAUUGAUUAUGUGAAGUGCAAUAUGAAAUGCCAGUUCCCUGUCUUUAACAUGAAACUGGAGAUGGAGCUGGAACUGGAAAGAAAAAAGGUUUGUUAACAGUAUCUACUGAAGUUCAGGAUGCUGUUGAACAGUUUACUGAGCCUUUGUAAGGUCUGUACAUGCAUUUAGUUGCCAAAGAACUUGAUUCAGUGUUUUCUGCAGUUGACUGUGGCUGCAAACACUGGUGCUAUGUAACAUUAUGCAGUGCUAGAUACAAUGUAUUUGUCUUGUGUUUUUGUACAGAUUGCAGUAAAGCUAAUAUUUUCAUUUG